UCCGCACAGUCGCGCCCUAGGUGGACGUGCUCUAGGGUGUCCGUGACAGAGUGAUAGUGUACCUCUAUGUGUGUCUCGGGCUGAGCAUUUCUGAUCUCAGAUGGCCCUGAAGAUAUAAUGAUGUGUGAUCAAGAACGGAUAAGACUUGUGAUCCUGGGUGGCGCGGGAGUGGGAAAGAGCUGUAUUGUUAAAAGGUUCCUGUUCAACCAGUAUUCUGACAAAUACAAGAGUACUGUGGAGGAUCUCUACAACAGAGAGUUUGACCUUGGUCCUGUUACUAUCAAGGUGGACAUACUUGACACAUGUGGCGACAUACAGUUCCCGGCCAUGCGUCGACUCAGCAUUGCUACGGCACAUGCGUUCCUCUUUGUCUACUCCAUCACCUCUUCAGAGUCGUACGAGCAGGUCAAGUGCUGCAUGGAGGAAGUGCGAGAGCAGCGCCCCGACUACCAGGACAUACCCAUAGUAGUGGCAGGAAAUAAAUUAGACAUGGCCAUGUACCGUCGAGAAGUUCGCGUAGAGGACGUAUCCGAGUGGCUCUUCUGUUCUCUCCCUAAACUGAGGGCAAAACUAAUGGAAUGCUCCGCCAAGGACAGCUACAAUGUCCGAGACAUAUUCAAGUGUUUCGUGACACUGGCCCGGAUUUUGCCACCCUCUGGGGAGGAAACACCACUGAAGAGGCGGUCCAGUGCGUACGUCAGGGGUGGGUCACGACGGGCCGCCAGCCCACAGACUCAGCCGGCCGAGCCGAGCACAAGCGGUGCCAUGCACGUAGAGCCCACCCGAGCCAAGCCCAGGAGCCGCAGCCUCAUCCGACGCAGUAGCCGCAAGGCCAAACAGCAGAUCCGUGAUGCUCACAAUGGUUCAGAUGACUGCACUGUGUCCUAGAGAGCUGUUGGCCACAAUUAUACAUUCGAUUUCAGGAUUCACUAUUUCCUGAUCAUCUUCUCACUUUACAAGCUCUUUUCCCCAGAAAAGUUAUUAUUAAUGUACUGAUGUGGAUGGUAAAGGCUUCCAAGAUACAACAAAUGCCCUCAGUUGGAUAUCUCGCUUUCUCAGUCUUAUUUCGUGAUUUUGCAAAAUAAACUCCUGUAAUACCGGCCUAAAGAAUCACUGAAUAAUACGGAUUGUUGCUUACUUGUUACAAACAAUACUGACUGCAAAAAUGGCAAAUAGGGUUUUAUAUUUUUCAAUAAUUUAUUCAUUCCUACAUUUAAAACAUAAAUUAGCUAAUUCCAUCAUUUUGUAAAUAAAUGCGUAUUUUUUGCUGCCGGUUUUUAUACAGCCAACAUAAAAAAUAACUAACAAAAUGUUUAUAUAGGGACUAAUCUUAAUAAAUUUUUAAUUUAAAAUUAAUAUGAACAGGAUUUCAUUUGUAUAUUAUGUUAUAGAUCAAUAAAAUUUGUUUCCUGUCCAAACCGGAUCCACAGUUUAAAACUUGCCUAGACAGGGUGUUCUCUAAAUAGUUGAAGAGUAAGAUAUAAUCGUUUUCAAAAAUGAAUUAUUGAUGGAUUUUAUACAUUUUUAUAGUCUUAGGAAUUUCAUAUUAAAAGUACAUCUUGAAACCAGGUGAGAGCUUUAAUAUAGUGCGCUAGAAGUAGUCUAGGAAUAGUUUAAAUAUUGUACGUUUAGUAACGUUUAUAUUUAUAUAAUAAAAUAAUAAAUGAUACCGAUUAUAUGACAUACAGAAUAAUUUACUAUGAUCAAGCUUAAUCAUAACCACAUGAUUAUGAAUAACACUAAACAUUGUAUUAUAUGUUAUUGCCAAUACCAUUUAACAGAAUUUAACCAAUUAUGGUAGUUUUUAUUAUUUCAUCAUAAUUUUAGUAAAAUUACUUGCAAACAUUUUGAGAACAGUUAAUUUUUAUGUAUUGGUAAACGUAUUGUAUUGAUUGUGUUUGUAAAAUCUUGUUGCUGAUGUAUUUCUUGAUCAUUCUGAUUUUCCAUAUUACUUUAAAUUUAAAAUAUCGUAUCAUUACACUUAUAUAUUUUUUUACAUGUUUAAAAUUAUUAACUAAAUGAAAUAUAUGCAUACAUGUACAAACGGUUUUAUUCAGAGCUACUCUUUUUAAAAUUUAUUUAAUUAUUUAGAUCUGUAAACGUAAAGCCUCUUUGUUCAUGACGCUAUGAAGUUAUUUUGCCUGACUGAGUCUAUAUACCAAUACACCAAGCUAGACAUACUAAAAAAGAUAAGAUGAAAAUUAUGUCUUAUACGCUAUUAGACUACCAAUUGUUGUAAUAUAUUGUAAUGUGUUUCUUGAUAAUUUGUACUUAAAUAUUUUCUAGUACUAUUCAAAAUAUAGUUUGCUGGCUAAAAAUAUUUCUUUGAAUGUUAAGCUUGUAUGUAAUUUUUUAUCCGUCCUUUUUAACUGCAAAUGACGUAAUAAAUAAUUGUAAAAUUUUAAGACAAGACCGCAUGCGUGUGUCUGUAAUAUUCCGUGUUAUUAUUUCUAUUGCAGCCUUAAAAGGGUCCCUUUAAUGUAGACGGUUAGUGUUUUCAUUAUGUAAAUACUAAACUUUUUGUUAAUUAAUCCGUAUAAUUGUGAAACAGAGGAAAUCAAUAAUGAAUUUCCGAGUAAUUUGCUGUUUUUUGUGUGUUAAUUGUAAAAUAUUUGUCUUAAAGGCCUGACUUUGUGUACUGAAUGUUAGGUUACUAUAUGGAUAUUUUCUCGACUAAGCGUACGUGUUUUUGUUCGGACGUUACUUAUUGAGUAAAGAUUUGCGUUCAGUGAAUUAAGUUAUCAUUAAGAGGCAUUUUUAACAAAUGUAACAGCAGAGAAUGUGAUAUAAAACUAUUACUAGAAACUCUGCAUGAGUGAGUGUGUUAGGGAUUUUUAUACAAAGCUCAAUAAUAGUUGUUUGCAUAAAACUUGGUGGUAAAUGUAGCAUAUUGAAAAAUGCUCUUUUUUGUAGGCUUCUGCAAUGUUUAACUCUAUAACGACUAUGAUUAAAACCUGUGGCUGGUUGUAUUUGACCAUGUGGCUUUAUACUUUAUAGUAGGUUAUAUACUUUUAUUGUCUAAUCAUUUAUAUUUGUAAUUACUUUCUCCAAUAUAAAUUACAUUGUAAUUGCGUGAAACAUAACAGUUUGUUUUAUUAUUUAAUUCAGUUAUAAAGAGAAAUGUUAAAGUUUGGUUUUCGAAAAGAUGAUUUUUAAAACGUUAGAAUUUAAUAACAAUUGUUUUAGCUGUCACCCAAAAACGAUUGGACAUAGAAAUAGGAUUAAAUGUGAAAGGAAAAUCUUCGUUAAAAACUUAUAAAGAGAGGUUCAUUAAACAAAAUUUUACCAAUUAUAUUAAUUUACCCUUAUUAAAUUAUUGAUUUUAGGAAGUAAGCAAAUAUUACAUACUAUUUAAUUAGGAAAUCUGUUCACAAUACAAUAUUUAGGGUUAAGGUAUAAUUUAGAAACUUCAUUGCUUUAGUAUUUAUGAUUAAAUAUGAAAUAAUACAGGUUAAAUGAUAAAUUGUGUUUGUUCUGUUAUUUUCAAUCACUAGGAUAUUAUUUAAUUUCACCAUAAUUAUUUUAUAUCAACCAAACCUUUAAAACAAUCUUCCGUUUGUCGUAGACAUGACAUUUGAAAACUUUAUUCAAAAGCUUAAUUCCUACAAAUUGUACCUUAAAUUGGAUGAAACCAUUGUAAACAGCUUUUCUUUAUGUGAUUUAAGCGGGUUGCGUUUUGUUUCUUUGUUAUAGCUAAUUCUUCGAUUAGGACACCUUAUCUGACUUACUCUGUAAAAGGAAUAUAUUUAUUUUGAUAUAUUAAUAAUUUAUAAAAACGGUACCGUUUACACGCAAACACAUUAUUAUUAAUAAGGGUUGAUAUUUUUAUAUUGAUACAUUUCCCCCAUACAAAAAAUAUACACAUUUGUCGGCCUCUAUAAAUCGAAUAUGUCACAUUAUAUUAAUUAUAAAAGUAAAAAUAUUUUGUAUCAACUAAACAAAUGGCCUUUUUUAAAAUACCGGGUAUAUAAUACAUAACGUAAGUUUCAUAGGUGUAGGCUAUACAAUAAAUUGAAAAACAAUUAAAUAUCUUAGUUACAUAAAUGAUACAUAUAUCAUUGUCUAAAUAUAUCCUGGCUCUAAAGACUAGAAUUUCAUAUUAAAAUGUAACAAAAGUAGUAAAUAUUACUUGCUAUAAAUACAUUAGCAAAAUAGUCUUUACAAAAGAGUAUUUUUGAGGAGAAAGGUAAUUUUACUGACGUUAUAGGGUUAAACAUCAAUACAAGUUGUGGAAUUUGAAUUAGUAUAUUUUAACCACAGUCUAUGUACGUAUGACUUAUGGGAUAUUGAACAAAAUGGACUUAUACCAUAAUGUCAUCAUUAUAUAUUUCAACAAAUCAGUUACCCUCAGUGUCAGACUUGAACUCUGGUCUAUGUUGUCAUGUAUCUCUGUGUUCAUGUCUUAGAUGUGUUCUCAAACUUCGACUCUUAAAUGGUUUGAGACAGUAAAUGUUGUAUUCAUGUGAACAUGAGGAGACUUGAACUCAUUAUAAGUAAUUAUAAUAUAACUGGUAAUACAAAACUGAGUUAUUGGUUCCAAUACAUUUUUUGUUGUAAGACCACGUUAUCUAUACAUUUUCGCUAUUUUAAUUUUGUCAAAAUCUAAUGUAAGUAAAUACUUAUAACUUGUUUUCAAAAUAAUCGCACUUUUUGUACCUAAUCAUUUGUUCCACUUUAUCAAGUAAGAACGAAGCCUUUGGUAGCCUGUAGGAUGUUAUAGUUGCUUAUGAUUAUUUAUUAAGUUUACGAUUACAUUUUUAUCACGGCUGGUAAUAGAGUUACGCAUGACAUUUUUGCAUUGAUUUAUGUUUAAAAGACCAUACGUAACUUUUAUUUUAGAUACUUUUAUAAUGUAUUUGCAGUAAAUGUACUUGCUUGAAUAAAAUUUUACUCCAAAUUAAAGAAAACAUAUUUUGGGGAGUAAAACUUUUCAAAUCAGAUGGUACUGAUAACACUAACAUAAAAUUGAGUUGUAAGAUUUAAAAACUAUUUUAUUUACUGUCGUGUAUAUUUAAAUUAUUGUGUAAUUAACACAUUUAUGAAUCCUUAAAUUAAAAUAAACUUAUUUUG